CCCUAGAGGCCUCCAUCUCUCCUCUUCUAGUUUUUAUGGCCCUCUAAAACCCCUCCUCUCCUCCCCAUCUGUCAUUUAGCAGCCAGCCCAUCCCCCAACCUCAUGGUGGGCUCUGCUGCGUCCCCGCAAAAACUCUCCACCCCACUCCUUGCGCCCGCCGACGAUGAACACCCCCUCCCGCCAUCAUCGCCAAUCACUGCCGACGUCGAUGACCCCCACGGAUCGGGCGGCCGCCUCGAGAGCAUCCUCACCGAGACCUCCGUCCCAUGGGCCCGCCGCCUCCGGCUCGCCACCGUCAUCGAGAUGAAGCUGCUCAUCCACCUCGCCGCCCCCGCCGUGAUCGUCUACAUGGUCAACUACCUCAUGUCCAUGUCCACCCAGAUCUUCUCCGGGCAUCUCGGCAACCUCGAGCUCGCCGCCGCCUCCCUCGGCAACACCGGCAUCCAAGUCUUCGCCUACGGACUCAUGCUGGGCAUGGGGAGCGCCGUGGAGACGCUGUGCGGGCAGGCGUACGGCGCCCAUAAGUACGAGAUGCUCGGAGUAUACCUUCAAAGGUCGACGAUACUCUUAAUGGCGACCGGCGUGCCGCUGGCGGUGAUCUACGGCUUCUCCCGCCCGAUAUUGGUGCUCUUGGGAGAGUCGCCGGAGAUCGCCAAAGCCGCAUCGAUCUUCGUCUACGGGCUAAUUCCGCAGAUAUUUGCAUAUGCUGCGAACUUUCCGAUCCAGAAGUUCCUGCAGGCGCAGAGUAUUGUGGCGCCCAGCGCCUACAUAUCGACGGCGACGGUGGCGGUGCACCUGCUGCUGAGCUGGUUGGCGGUCUACAAGCUGGGGUUGGGCCUCCUGGGGGCAUCCUUGGUGCUCAGCUUGAGCUGGUGGAUCGUGGUGAUCGCUCAGUUCGUGUACAUAGUUACGAGCCAGAAGUGCCGGUUCACUUGGACCGGGUUCAGCUGGCAGGCCUUCUCCGGCCUGCCGGAGUUCCUGAAGCUGUCCACCGCGUCGGCGGUGAUGCUAUGCCUGGAGACGUGGUACUUCCAGAUCCUGGUGCUGAUCGCCGGCCUGCUGGAUCACCCACAGCUGGCCCUUGACUCACUGUCGGUAUGCAUGACGAUCUCUGGGUGGGUGUUCAUGAUCUCAGUUGGGUUCAAUGCCGCCGCCAGUGUGCGCGUGAGCAAUGAGCUUGGAGCUGGCAAUCCAAAGUCGGCGGCAUUCUCGGUGGUGGUGGUGACGGCAUUGUCUUUUAUAAUAUCAGUGAUAAUAGGGGUGGUCAUUCUCUGCCUUCGUGACUACCUCAGCUAUAUCUUCACAGAAGGAGAGACGGUGGCCCAUGCUGUUUCUGAACUUACCCCUUUGCUUGCCAUUACCCUUAUCCUCAAUGGCAUCCAACCCGUCUUAUCUGGUGUUGCUGUUGGCUGUGGAUGGCAAGCAUUUGUCGCUUAUGUUAAUGUUGGUUGCUAUUAUAUUGUUGGCAUCCCCCUUGGCGUUCUCCUCGGUUUCAAGUUUAACUUGGGAGCAAAGGGAAUAUGGUCUGGUAUGAUUGGGGGAACAUUCAUACAGACUCUCAUCCUGAUAUGGGUCACUUUCAGGACUGACUGGAACAAAGAGGUGGAUGAAGCCAUAAAAAGAUUGAAUAAGUGGGAAGACAAUAAGAAAGCCCUUCUAGCUGAUCAGGAGUAGCAAACAGAUGCUAGAGACUUAAUUCAGUAUAGCUCUUAAGCUAUACAACAUCACCAUGUCCUGGCCUUAUCUUUAUGCUGAUCACAUGAUGUAGGAUGCCGGUGAUCUUCAAUAUUUACAUGUGAGCAAGUAUGGAGGGAGGAUGGGAGAGCAUAUGGGAAGGUCCAUGUAAUGCAGCCGCAAAGACAGUUGCACAAUUUUUAUUUGUAAUUUUUAAUGUUAAUUUGCUUUAUCCAAUCUAGUGUGACAAAAGCUUUUGAUGUUUCCCAGAAAGUGGAUAGAUGUGAUUGAAAGAGAUGCAAUAAUCAUGAGAAAGCCCUAGAGGAAAAGGCAAAAAUGAUAACU